GACGCGGCGGGCGCUGCUGCGUGGGGCGCGGGCCCAGGUGCAGGCUCUCACGGCUCUGGGGCUCUGGCAGAGCCUGGCCGGGUCCGCACGGAGCCACGUCGCAGCGCGCCGUCCCGACCCACUCCAGGCGCCCAGCCCCGCCGGGACGUUCCCGCCAGUGGCCCGACUCGCCUAACUCGCCGCGGCUCCCAGCGGCAGCAGGUGGCCCCGGCCUCGCCCCCGUCGCCUCAGCCGGGGCGGACCGCUUGCCCCAUCGCUCCCCGGAGCCCUCGCGGUCGCCCCCGCCAGGCGGGAUGGAGGCGGACGGGGAACUGGAGGAGCUGGCCCGGCUGCGCUCCGUCUUUGCUGCUUGCGACGCGAACCGCUCCGGCCGUCUGGAGCGCGAGGAGUUCAGCGCGCUGUGCGCGGAGCUGCGUGUGCAGCCGGCCGACGCCGAGGCCGUGUUCCAGCGGCUCGACGCCGACCGCGACGGCGCCAUCACCUUCCAGGAGUUCGCCCGCGGCUUCCGUGGGGCCCGCCGCGGGGGAUGGCGCCGGGGCCGGGGGCUGAGGGAGCCCGCGUCCACCGCAGCCCGGGCAGGGUUCGACCCCGGGGACAGCGAGGAGGACGAGGGCGACGAGGACACGGCGGCGGCUGUCGCCGCCCCCUGGGACCCGGCGAGCCUGGGCCAGGCUUGGCAGGACUUCCAGACGCGACUCGGGGACGAAGCCAAGUUCAUCCCCAGGAAAGAGCAAGUCAGUACCUUGUAUCAAAACAUCAACCUUGUGGAGCCAAGACUGAUUCAGCCAUAUGAACACGUUAUAAAGAACUUUAUCCGUGAGAUCAAACUUCAGAGCACAGAGAUGGAAAACCUGGCUGUUGCAGUGAAGAGAGCCCAGGACAAGGCAGCCAUGCAGUUGAGUGAACUGGAAGAGGAAAUGGAUCAGCGGAUUCAGGCUGCAGAACACAAGACACGCAAAGACGAAAAACGCAAAGCUGAGGAAGCCCUCAGUGACCUCAGGCGUCAGUAUGAAACAGAGGUGGGAGAUCUACAGGUGACGAUAAAGAAACUCAAAAAGCUAGAAGAACAAUCGAAACACAUCAGUCAAAAAGAAGAUGUGGCUGCAUUAAAAAAAAAAAUUUAUGACUUAUCCAUGGAAAAUCAGAAAGUUAAGAAAGAUCUUUUAGAAGCACAGACAAACAUAGCCUUUCUUCAGAGUGAGUUAGAUUCUUUGAAAAGUGAUUAUGCUGAUCAGAGUCUGAAUUCCGAAAGGGAUCUGGAAAUAAUCCGAGAGUACACAGAGGAUCGAAAUAGUCUUGAGAGGCAAAUUGAAAUACUCCAAACAGCUAACAGGAAACUGCAUGACAGUAACGACGGCCUAAGGAGUGCCCUUGAAAACAGUUACAGCAAGUUCAACAGAUCCUUGCGUAUAAAUAACAUAUCACCAGGGAAUACAAUUUCUAGGAGCAGCCCCAAAUUUAAUGGUCAUUCUCCUCAACCUCUGGGCUAUGACAGGUCAUCUCGCUCUUCCUACAUGGAUGAGGACUGUGACUCGCUGGCCCUCUGUGAUCCCAUGCAGAGGAUGAACUGUGACAUUGACAGCCUGCCCGAAAGCUGCUUUGACAGCGGCCUGUCUACCCUGAGGGAUUCCAACGAGUAUGACUCCGAGGUGGAGUACAAGCACCAGAGGGGAUUCCAGAGGUCGCACGGCACACAGGAGAGCUUUGGGGGUGACGCUUCAGACACAGAUGUUCCUGAUAUAAGGGAUGAAGAGACGUAUGGCUCUGAAGGCGCAGCUUCCGUCCUGGACUGGAAGCCCCAGGGGGCUGCUAGUGAAGGUGGUGUGGUGAGCUCCUCCUCGAGAAAGCCCAUCUCAGCGCUUUCGCCACAGACAGACGUGGUGGAUGAUAACCAGAAACCUUUGGCCUCACAGAAGGCUUUCAAGAUCGUGCUGGCCGGGGACGCCGCAGUGGGGAAGUCGAGUUUCCUCAUGAGACUCUGCAAGAAUGAAUUUCGAGGAAAUACAAGUGCCACCCUGGGAGUUGAUUUUCAAAUGAAAACUCUCAUCGUAGAUGGAGAGCAAACAGUACUGCAGCUCUGGGAUACGGCUGGGCAGGAGAGAUUCAGAAGUAUUGCCAAGUCUUACUUCAGAAGAGCAGAUGGUGUUUUGCUGCUGUACGAUGUUACAUGUGAGAAAAGCUUUCUUAAUGUACGAGAAUGGGUAGAUAUGAUUGAGGAUGCAGCCCAUGAGAGCAUUCCUAUCAUGUUGGUAGGAAACAAGGCUGAUCUUCGUGAUGCUGCUGAAGCAGAGGGACAAAAAUGUGUCCCAGGGUACUGUGGAGAAAAACUGGCCAUGACCUAUGGGGCAUUAUUUUGUGAAACAAGUGCCAAAGAUGGUUCCAAUAUAGUGGAAGCUGUUCUCCAUCUUGCUCGGGAAGUGAAAAAAAGAACUGAUGAGCAUGACAGCAAAUCCAUUACCAAUCUGAGUGGCACUAGUUCCAGAAAGUCAACCCAGAUGAAAAACUGUUGCAAUGGUUAAAUCCAAAACAUCCUUGGCCCCCGGGAAGCCUGCAUUCCCAGAGUACUGGAUGUACAUGACUUGUUUGCUUCUUCCAUAGAGUGGUGCAUCCUAUGGACACUGUCGGAUGAGAGAUACAGUGUGGCAGAUCUCAGCCGUGCUCUUGGGUCCCUCCAGAACCUCAGCUCUUUUUUUGCUGUUUCAAUGAAUGAUUCGGGCCCCCUGGUUAAAUAACCUAUCUUGUCUUUACAAAGCCUUAACAGAUAACAUGUAAAUGUUUUUAAAGUGGU